AUGCCCGUCAUGGUUUUCAUCCACGGCGAAUCCUACGACACCGGAAGUGGUAAUGUCUACGAUGGAAGUGUCUUAGCCAGCUUCGGUAAAGUCAUCGUGGUCACAGUUAACUACCGGCUAGGUGUGCUGGGUUUCUUGAGCACGGGGGAUAGCACUGCAUCUGGUAACUACGCCACACUAGAUCAGAUCGCGGCGUUGCACUGGCUGAAAGAAAACAUUGAGAGCUUUAACGGUGAUAAGCAAAGAGUGACGUUGUUCGGCCAUGGUCACGGAGCGGCGUUGGUGAACCUUCUUUUGGUGUCACCGGUUACGAGAGUCGUCAGUACCCAAUCCCGUAGAGAAAAUACUGAGCUUGAAGAUGGAACAUUGUUUCAACGUGCAAUUCUACAAAGCGGAUCGGCCCUCAGUUCUUGGUCUGUAGCCAACGACCCUGUCGGCUGCACGCACCAGUUAGCCUUGAGCGUUAACUGCUCGGUUGAAGAUACGACUGAACUCAUAAAAUGUCUACGAAACAAGACAUUCGCCGAUCUGGUGAAGAACGCGCCCAAACCACCCAAAUAUUUUUCCUGCUUCGCGCCGGUGAUCGACGGCCGAAACAUCAUCCCGAAAUCCGUCGAGGAGCUCAUCAAGAAGCCCAUAUCCAUGUUCGCCAACGCUGACCUCAUGUUCGGCAUCACCAAAAACGAGGCUUAUGCCUAUUUUGAUCAAGAGGACGUCGAGAACGGCAUAUCGGAAGAGAAACGAGAGAAAAUGCUACGCACCUACGUGCACAACCGAUUCCAGUUUCACCGACAGAAGGUCUACGAGAUUCUAGAUCAUCAUUACACCGAGUGGAAUAAGAAGACGAACGCGAAGAAUCGGCGAGAUAACUUGCUUGAACUGCUGAGUGAUGGACAAUUCAUUGCGCCACUUUUGCGGGUAGGACAAUUGCAUGCCAAAACGGGCAAUACCUACUUCUAUUCUUUUACAUAUACACCGCAAUCCGAUGAACUUCCCCGCUGGUCAGGGGGUAUCCACGGAGAUGAGCUCCCGUACAUAUUUGGUGCUCCUCUGGUUGAUGGCAUUCAGCCCUUCAGUACGUCUUCAUAUUCGAAAUCAGAACGUAUGUUAAGUGAAGCUGUCAUGCGGUAUUGGACGAAUUUUGCUAAAUCAGGGUAA